UUUGAUAUUACCCUCUAUAAGACUUGCAUGCCUGGUGUGAAACGUAACGCAGUUCAUUUCUCUCCAGUGCAAUUUGACAGCCAAAAGCAAAAAAUGUCUUCUUCUGACACCUUUACCCAACUUGCUAAUCAAUUAGCAGCAAUUGCAAAUGUUUCAAUUUUGCACCACAUUAUUGACUCAAAUGGCUCAACAACAAAAUUUAAUUAUGGAACAACAACAAACUAUUCAAAAACUUCAAAUGCGUGA